CAUGCGUAUUGACAGAUAGACGAGGAACAAAAACAUUACCAGUGCAGGGGCGGUUUCAAUCCACAGUACCCAUCCUAAUGGACAAGCCAUGUCAUCAACGUUAACAGCUCCACAGUCCAUGGUUAGAGUUCUGGAAAAUGAAUGGCUGAGUACGCAGCGUGCUAGCAGCCUUGUCGCGGCGGAACACAGCCAGUGCUGCCUGGUAGAGAAAGAUGAAUGAUUACGCGAUUAGCUAGGCUGACAAAAGUUGGAG